UUGGUGAGGAUCUAAGGACACCAGCAAGGUUGGGGAAGGUUCCCUGAAGAGAGACUGGGGCUGAAAACUGGCUUAAUUUCUCUAUUUAGCAAGGUAUUUUCUGCGCAAUCACACCAGCUGCAAAACCUCAACACCUUUGCGAGCCCUGGGCAGAAGUUGACAUGCUUAAAGCCACGCGUUCUGGUAUGAUUAAUCCCUCUUUGGGCUGAUGGAUGACUCGGCAGCUGUGUUGCAAAAGGAAGGAGAAGCGCAAUAAGGCUCUGCUCUGCUCCGCCGAGUCCUCGGGUACAUUUUGGGCAGGGCAGGGACUUCUUUUAAAUUAUUUCUUUACGAAGGAGGGUUAUUGCACCAAGCAGCAGGAAUGCAAACCUGCCAGCUAGUCUUCCAAUCUCCCGCAGGCUCCGGGGCUGAGCUGAAAUCAAGCGUGUAGCUCGAUGUGAAUUGCACCGACUGCUGCUGCUUCUCUGCCCGAGAUGUUUGGCGCCGGCUCUGGGAGCCCCUUGCUGCGUAUUCCUGUGGCUUUUUACCCUUAAACGAGUUUUCUUGCCCACCAAAAAAUAAAAGAUGAGCGCUUCGCAGCUGCCCUCUCAUCGUGAUACGUCAAAUCCACAACCCGCUGAGAUAGACAGACGGUUGGAAAAGAAGCUGAAGAUCACGCAGAAAGAAAGAAAAUCCAAAUCUCCUCCUAAAGUGCCCAUCGUGAUCCAGGACGACAGCCUCACUGCGGGUCCCCCGCCACAGAUCCGCAUCCUGAAGCGGCCGACGACCAACGGCGUGCUCAGCAACCCCCACUCGGCCAGCAGACCCGCCUUCCCCGUCAAAUCCCUGGCGCAGAGAGAGGCCGAGUACGCGGAAGCCAGGAAACGAAUCCUGGGUAGUGCCAGCCCCGAAGAAGAGCAGGAGAAACCCAUCCUAGACCGGCCGCCGAGGCUCUCCCAGCCCGAGGACACCCGACAGCCCAACAAUGUCAUCAGGCAACCGCUGGGUCCCGACGGCUCCCAGGGCUUCAAACAACGCCGAUAAACCGCUGGCCGGAGAUGCCGCCGUGCAAGGCAGGGUCCCCCCCGCCACGGCUCGCGCCGCCGUGCCGGACAAACGGACACAGAGCAAAGGGAACGACUCGAUUUAAUUGCACUGUGACCCCCUUUUUGCUCUGCCCACUGUGACCUUCAACCCCAGGCACUGUGACCUCCCCCCUCACCACCCACUGUGACCCCCCCAAGGGCUUGUCCCCGCGGCGCUGGAAAAGGGGACAACGAGGGGGUUUUUUUGGGGUGGGGGCGGUUUUAACGGACUCGGAGGGGCGCAGCGAGUCGCGCGUGCGCCGCUCGGGUUGAAGCUACCGCCAGCAAUAAUGUUUGUUGUCCUCGGAACGUGGGAUUUAAGGAGAAAAAAAGCAAAAGAAAUGGGAAUUCUCCCCAGACGCGCGUGUUGUCCGCAUCGCUUUAGAGCAAGUUCUGUUUCAAAGGAUCUCUUUUUAUUUUAUUUGUUUGUUUUCUGGUUUGUUUUCUGUAUAUCAGAUCAACAGAGUGCAUGGGAAGGGUUUUAACUCUUUGGUUUUAAUUGAGAAGAGGUAGUUAAGUGUUGGAAAAAGAGUGUUUUUUCCACAAAUUUCUGCGAUUUUUCUGGCUCGGGUUCAGCAAACUCUCACUUUUCCUUCUCGUGGAAGCGACCUGCAUCGCCUCGUUUCCCUCUCGCACCCGUGAAAACUUGGCUGGUAUUUUCUGCUGACUUGGAGGAAAAGCUUCAAAUCCACUGUUUUUUAAGGUUUGGUUUUGUUUUGUUUGGAUUUGGGGAGAAGGGAACGUGGAUGGAUCCCGUGAAAACGCGCCGCGGUCGCUGUUUGUGGCCGAGAGCGAACCUGGCGGCGAAGAAUUAGGAGGAGAACAGGGCGCCGCUCCGUGGGGAGAGUCCCGACGCUAACGACGGCUUAACGAUCCGCUCGGUCACCGUACGAGCUGCGUUCGCCUCCUGAAUCCGCAGAGAUCGAGAGCAAAACCCGGCGUUGGAUAAAUUUGGGGUGAUUUCCCCCGCCGUGAGGCUUCAGGGAUGGGAUUUUCCUCCUCUGGCUCCCAGGAAGAGGCUGGUGACCCUCGAAAACAUGGAUGUUUUCCCCCGGAUGAAGCUGACCUACCUUAAUAUCGCUUGAUAUCAGGGGAUUUGAUGAACACUAAACGCUCUCCUUGGAGGAGAUGGCACCAGAAAACGGUUUCUGGUUCGUCCGUACGGCUGCAGCCCCUCAGUUGUCAGUAGGUUCAAGGGUAAACGAGUUAAUCUCGACGUCUUCGACACGCAGGGAAGCGACCGUACAGAAUAAGACGUGUGUGCAAAUACGGCUUAAAAAACCCCAAAUACCGGUAAAAAUAAAACUACCUGUGUAUAAAAAGAAGCCGCUAGAGCGUUAAUUAGCUAAUUAAAGCUGAUUAAAGCACUGAGGAUGGUUGUGAGUGGGGAUGGGCGGGCGGAUGACCCCUGGGUGUCCCCAACCCUGGCGCUUUUUUUGGAGGGGGCUCUUAUUUAUCCCCCAGGGGGUAAAUUGGGGGGAGCGGGCGGGGAGCGGGACAUCAGCAAUAACCCUCGUCACCGCGCCUUUCCUUAAUUAUCACUGAAAACAGCUUUUAUUGGCCAAAAAUAACCCCCCCGAAUCCACCCGCUUCCUGGUGUAGCUGGACAGUGUUAAAGUUGCCGCCGUCUCCGGCACCGAAAUAUCGAUUUCUGACACUGAAAUCUUCAUUUCCCGCACCAAAAUCUCCAUUUUCGGCACCGAAAUCUCCGUCCCGGUGAGCAGGACGCGUCCCGCCCGCGGGCAGGGCCUGGCGCCGCUCCUGCCCCUUCGGCCCGGGAGAAGCGGAGGAUAAACACGGUACCGCGUGUUUUCACCCCAAAACGAUGCGCCGCAGAGAAAACGUUUUAUAAAUUGUAUUUUAAAUAAAUGUCUUUAAACUUUUAA